GCAAGCAAGUUGUACCCAGGGUGAUAGGGGGAGGGGGUUGAGAAUGCAAAAGAAGCAACAGCUUGAGAUUUCUAGGGAACCGGGACGAAAGGAAAGUCUGAGCAGCUCCUAUAAGACAAGGAAGUAUAGAAGGAAGGAUGAGGUGGAGAACGCAUGGACAAAUAACGUAGAUUCCUUAAAGGAACAGCGGGCAAGAAAAGAGCGGAGGAAUUUUUGUUCUUGUGCAAGACAUCAAGACAUGAGAAGAAAGUGAGCUGAAAGAUUAAGGAAAGAGCAAAGCAACAGAGAAGUGAUAAAAACCAGGCCUGUCAGUAGAGAAAAGAAGAGAAAGAGAGAGAAAAAGAGUGCAAGUAGCAGUUAAAUUAAGAGGAGGGAGGGAGAGUGAGGAGAUUAACAGUCUGAGAAAGAGAGAGAGAGAGUAAGAAAAGGGUGCAGUCGUCAAGAAACGGACCCAGUGAUAAAAUAACGAGAGGACGGCACGGGAAAAGAGGAAGUCGUCGGCAAUGGAAACAGCCACAUUUAAAUGAGAGUUUACGAGAGCACAUGCAUUUCAGCGGCUAUGUGUGCGCCAAAGCUCGUGUGUGAGAGUGGAUGCGCGUUAUGAAGACUCUUAUGCUCUGGCUCCUUCCUGUCAUCCUUCUGUGUUCCUUCUGCAGUGUGGCCUUUUGGAUUUUCAUCUCUAACAAUAAUGUAAUCCCUCACCCUUCAUCUAGGAUUCCUCAAAAAAGCUCAGAAACACAAUCUUGCAAGGGAUGCAAAGACAUUGUGUUAAUUGCCAAGGUGCUGGAGAACUACACGGAGAAAUGGAAAAAGCACGAGACAAACUUUAAAAGAUUCAGGUCAUUACUGAACAGCAAAUGCAAUGCUUUGUCAAAGGCUGUGGUUACACAGAAUAACACCCCACUCGGGUCAAAUGUUAUUUAUGAUGGAGAGAGGCGAAAGCCGCUACAGGUGACACAAGCCCUGUUCAACAUCUUGGCUAAGGAGCAGCCCUUUGGAAAUGCAACAUGGGAGUCAUGUGCUGUGGUGGGAAAUGGAGGUAUUUUGGCCAAUAGCAGCUGUGGAGAAGAAAUUAACUCAGCCCAGUUUGUCAUUAGAUGCAACCUCCCUCCACUGGAUAACAGAUAUGAAAAAGAUGUGGGCAACAAAACCAACCUGGUGACUGCAAAUCCCAGCAUCCUUCAUGAGAAGUACAGUGGACUGAUGGAGCGCCGUCGUCCAUUUGUGGAAAGCCUUCGUCCUUAUGGACAAGCCUUAUUGCUGUUGCCAGCCUUCUCGUACGGUCACAACACACCUGUAUCGCUGCGUGCCUUUUACACACUGGAGGACUUUGGCAACGACAGCCUGCUGCCUGUUUUCCUCAAUCCAGAUUACUUGAGGAGGUUGUCGAAGUUUUGGCGUGAGCGAGGCCUUAACUCAGUUCGUCCCAGCACAGGACUCAUUAUGGCCAGCUUAGCACUAGAACUCUGUUCAAACGUUCAUUUGUAUGGUUUUUGGCCUUUCAGUAAACAUCCAAACAACAGUCGGCCGAUCACCAACCAUUACUACGAUAACCGGGAGAGCAAGAAGAACGUGCAUUCAAUGCCGACCGAGUUCGAGCAUUUGGUGAAACUCCACAAGCAAGGUGUUAUUCGCAUACACCUGGGUGAGUGUCAGCCCACUCAUAGUUAAGACAUGAGCCUGGCUGGUAACUAGGCCUUGACUGUAAUGUACUCUAUAUUCCCUUAAAAAAUACCUCACAGUUUGGUUAAGAACUACAACAGGCCACCUGGAUGGGUGUCUGGAGAGACACAGCUGUGAAUGUGAAUGUGCACUGAAUGUAUAUUGCCUAUAUUGCUGUUCAUACUCAAAAAAGCAGCCAUGACCAUGCACAACAAAAUCAUGUUACUUUAAGAUAAUCUUGCAUACAAAAAUAGCUGAAGACGAAUGUAAGAAUUUUAGCCUUGGUAUACUGUGAACGAAUUUAAUUAGGAAAAUGACUCUGAGAGCAGCACCCCUAAACACUCCCUACGCACACUUGCCUUAGUCAGCCAUUAACGUGCUUGCUAUUGGUGCUCCUCCAGCUCUGUUGCAUUCAUCACAAGUGCCAUUCUGUCCUCUUCAGCAAGUAUUAGCAGUAAAUGUGAAUUUGAUCUCAGGUGUGGAGAAAUAGCUGUAAUAGCAGCACUGGAUUAUAAUACUAAGACUCAGAUCUCACCUAGGAGAUCACAGAAAUGUCUGCAUGAUUAAAAGCACGACAUCACAUUCACAAUGAGAAACAAUAGGAAGCAUGGAUGAAGACAAGAGCUGUAAAAGCUGAUAAAUUUCAAACGUGACAGUUUUGAAUGCCCUGUCAGAGCACGAUAUCACUCUUACAGCAAACAAUGUAAAGUAAUUAAAACUCGCUUUGAACUGUUAAAUAUCAGUUUGUGCAAUUUUCUCUCCUUUACUUUUAAACCUUAAAGAGAUUUCACCCAAAAAGAAAAUUCUGUGAACGUAAACUCACCCUCAUGUUGGAACAUACAAGAUAUUUUGUUGGUAGUUUUUGGUUUUGGUUACCUGUGACUUCCAAUCUACUUGUUGUUUACUGAAAACACUCCUUGAGGUAUUUGUGAUAAAAUUUGAAAUUUCCAAUGGUACGUUAUCAAAAAAUAAAAAAAUGUAAAUAAAAACAUGAGCUUGACAUUGGUAAAUGACAAAAAUAUAUUUUUUUCUGUGCAAUAUUCCUGUAAAUCAUCAGCACAUAAACCUUUCGAAAGCAGAA